UUCAGUUCUGAGAAUCAGAAGCAUUUACAGGAACUCUGUGAGAAGAGGCAGAGCGACAGGAAGCAGCUGACUACUGUCUGAAGAUGGGUGUUUGUGCGGAAGAGGAAAACAAGGACGGAGAGCCAUCUUCAGGGCUGAGCUGUGUGUCUUUGAAGAGUCAGCAGUCCAUGGGACACCCUGUGUUGUUCGCGCCUCCUUCACACAAACAAGGUUACUGCGGAGCCUGGGUGGUGUUCAGAAGUCUGUCUGUGACGAGUGACUGCUGCUGCCACGAUUCCCCUACAGACUCAAAAAGGAAGAGUUGUGGUGGUGAGAAAGAGGAAGAGACAUUGUCCAUCUGUGUCCAAAGUUUCAUCCUUUCACACUGGGACCAGUCUGGUUCAUCUGCUGGGCGGCAGACACCCAGUCACAGCUGCACUGUAGGAAUUUUAUGGGAAGUUUCACUUGAAAGUAAGAUUGGUCUGAAGAGGAAAUGUGAACGUGUGAUUGAAGGAACUGAUCAAACAGGAAGUGGAACCAUACUCAACAAGAUCUACAUUGAGCUCUACAUCUUAGAGGGACAGAGCGAGGACGUUAAUACCCAACAUGAGGUGAGGCAGCUUGAGACAAUGUCCAAGAUGGAGGUCAUCCAUGACUCUCCAAUCAAGUGCCGCAACAUCUUUAAAGCCUCACCUGGACAACCGAAACACAUCAGGGUUGUUCUGACGAUCGGCAUCGCUGGCAUUGGAAAAACUUUCUCGGUGCAGAAGUUCUGUCUGGACUGGGCCGAGGGUUUGGAAAACCAAGAUAUCAGUCUGGUGAUACCGCUUUCAUUCAGGGAGCUGAACUUGAUCAAAGAUGUGCAGUACAGUCUUCUCGAACUGCUCCGUGUUUUCCAUCCAUCAUUACAGAAGCUCACAGCAGAGCAGCUCGCAGGCUCUAAAGUUCUCUUCAUCUUUGACGGCCUGGAUGAAAGCAGAAUAUCACUGGAUUUCAACAACAACGAGCAUGUGUCUGACAUCACACAGAAGUCAUCGAUCAACGUGCUGUUGACCAACCUCAUCGAGGGGAAGCUGCUUCCCUCGGCGCUCGUCUGGAUAACUUCCCGACCUGCAGCAGCCAAUCAGAUCCCUGCCGCGUGUGUUGACAGGGUGACAGAAGUACGAGGCUUCGCUGACGCCCAGAAGGAGGAGUACUUCAGGAAGAGAGUCAGCGAUGAAGAGCUGUCCAGCAGAAUCAUCUCCCACAUCAAGACAUCCAGGAGCCUCCACAUCAUGUGUCGGAUCCCAGUCUUCUGCUGGAUCACUGCUACAGUUCUGGACCACAUGUUGACUACAGACCAGAGAGAAGAACUGCCCAAGACCCUGACUGACAUGUUUUCACACUUCCUGCUGGUUCAGACAAACAGGAAUAAGCAGAAGUAUGCUGAGGGACAUGAGACAAGUCCACAGGAGCUGACGGAGGCUGACAGGGCAGUUCUUCUGAAGCUGGGGAGGCUGGCAUUUGAACAGCUGCAGAAUGGAAACAUCAUGUUUUUCCAAGAAGACAUCGAGCACUGUGGUCUGGAGGUCACAGAGGCCUCUGUGUACUCAGGAGUUUGUACACAGAUCUUUAAAAGAGAGACUGUGAUCUUCAAGAAAACAGUCUACUGCUUCGUUCAUCUGAGCGUUCAGGAGUUUCUUGCUGCGGUCUACAUUUUUCAUUGUCACACAAACAGGGAUUACGAGACACUGGAGUCAUUUCUGGGGAAAGCAUGGGGUAGGUAUCGUAGCUGUGACCCAUCUUUGGAAACGUUCCUGAGGAAAGCCAUGGACGAAUCUCUGGAGAGCAAAAAUGGCCACCUGGACCUGUUUGUCCGCUUCCUGCAUGGCCUUUCACUUGAGUUGAAUCAGAGACUCUUAGGAGGCCUUUUAGGUCAGACAGAGAACAGUCAAGAAAGCAUCCAGAAAGUAAUCCACAAUCUAAAGGAGAUGAGCACCUACGACAUCUCUCCCGACAGAGGCAUCAACGUCUUCCACUGUCUGAUGGAGAUGAAUGAUGGCUCAGUGCAUCAGGAGAUCCAAAAGUACCUGAAGUCAGAGAACAAAUCAGAGACACAACUCACGGAGAUCCAUUGCUCAGCUCUGGCUUUCAUGCUGCAGAUGUCAGAUGAAGUUCUUGAUGUACUAGACAUGAAGGAAUACAGGACGUCAGAGGAGGGGCGACUUAGACUGCUCCCAGCUGUCAGGAAUUGCAGAAUGGCUCGACUGUCCUGUGGUCGACUUUUUGAUACUCACUGUGAAGUUUUGGCCUCGGCUCUUAAGUCCAACCCCUCCCAUUUGAGAGAGUUGGACCUGAGUGACAACAAGCUGCAGGAUUCAGGGGUGAAGCUGCUGUCUGCUGGACUGGAGAGUCCACACUGUAGACUGAAGAAUCUCAGAUUAAGUGACUGCUGGCUGUCAGAGAGCUGCUGUUCUUCUCUGGCCUCAGCGCUGAAAUGCAACCACUCCCCUCUGAGAGAGCUGGACCUGAGUAACAACAAACUGCAGGAUACAGGAGUGAAGCUGCUGUCUGCUGGACUGGAAAGUCCACUUUGUAGGCUGGAGACUCUCAGUUUGAAGCACUGCAGCUUGACAGAGAGCAGCUGUUCUUCUCUGGCUGCGGUUCUCAAGUCCAACACCUCCAACCUGAGAGAGCUGGACCUGAGUUACAACAAACUACAGGAUUCAGGAGUGAAGCUGCUAUCUGCUGGACUGGAGAGUCAAUACUGUAGCUUGGAGACUCUAAGACUAAGUUUCUGCAGUUUGUCAAAGAGCAGCUGUAGUUUCUUAAACUCAGCUCUGCAGUCCAACCCCUCACAUCUGAGGGAGCUGGACCUGAGUGACAAUAAGCUGCAGGAUUCAGGAGUAAAGCUGCUUUCUGCUGGACUGGAGAGUCCACACUGGAGAUUGGAGACUCUCAGGGUGACUUAAACCUUGACCGCAGCGGAGAGCUUUGAAAUAUCCCUACGGUCUACGACACUGAAAAGAAGCUUCAGAUCUGUGGUUGGUCUCUUUGGCAGCUCACCGUCUCACCGUGUGUGUCUCCGACUCUCUCUGCAGGUUUGGUUUCUGCUGCUCUCUGCCGACACAACUCCCAAUAUCUUCACAUCCGACAGUAGUUCUGAGAGAAUUAAAAUCUCUUCAUGCACCUUUAUAGUGUGUGUGUGUGUGUGUGUGUGUGUGUGUGUGUGUGUGUGUGUGUGUGUGUGUGUGUGUGUGUGUGUGUAUGUGUGUGUAUAUGUGUGUACGUGUGUGUGUGUCUCCGACUCUCUCUGUAGGUUUGGUUUCAUCUGCUCUCUGCCGACACAACUCCCAAUAUCUAACCAUCCGACAGUAGUUCUGAGACAAUUAGAAUCUCUUCAUGCACCUUUAUAGUGAGUGUGUGUGUGUGUGUGUGUGUGUGUGUGUGUGUGUGUGUGUGUGUGUGUGUGUGUGUGUGUGUGUGUGUGUGAAGGAUGUGGUUAGCUUAGCUGAGCAUAAAGACAGGAAGCAGGUGACUCAUUUCUGAUAUGAACUGUCUGUCUCCUCUCACAGAAUGACUGCAGAGGAGACACAACGUUAAAGUAAAUUCCCCCACAAACCUCUCUGUCAUCUUCGUGUGAUAAACAUGUGUUGAUCAUUUACUUUAUAUUUUAGACUACUUCUACUCCACUGCAUCUCAGAGUGAAAUAUUGGACAUUUUACCUUUAUUGUUUUCUACUUAUUUUGCCCCAGAGAGUCUCCUGAAAUAUUACUUUGAUUUUUUUUUUAAACAUUAAAUGCCAUGCAUGCAUGGCAUGCAUACUUUUCCCCCUUUAAUUCCCAUGAAUGGACAAAAUAUUAUGUACACAUGUCAUACAUUUGUGUUGCAUGAGGUUGAACAGUUAUUUAUGUUAUUGUACUGUACUGUACUUUGGUAUUGUCAUGUAAGUCUGUCUUUGUUAAUUAAUACUGUGAUUCUGUGAGAAUUCACAGAUCCAGUGUCUCCUUUUUAAUCUUCCCCUUAACAUUGCCGCCAUCAAGCCUCAAUGAUUUGUCGCGAAUGAAUGCCGCCGAAUCUGUCGUGUCGUCUUUUAGCAGUGCGUCAAGUGCAACUAGGGUGACCAGAUGUCCCAAAAAAUUCGGCACAGUCCCGAAAUCCAAGCAGUUGUUCCAAAUCCCGAAUCCUGCCCUAAUUGUCCGGAAAAUUAGAGCAAAGUCUCAAGAGCAGAUUCUUGAGUAGUUAUAGUCUGAUUGAACAUUAAAAAAAUGAUUUUCUAUUUGUAUUUUCGGGUUUCCAAGACAAGACAGUUGUUGAGUUUCUGAUUAUAAGUAAUACAUAAUUUUGGUGCGGAGUUUUGAAAUCUCUGUUAAGUACCAGGCAGCCACGACAAGCAGUGAUUUGAUUGGAUGCUGCUGAUGUUAAAGAGCAGACAUGACACCCUCCCACCUCCAGUCUCGUUCCGAAUUUUACCCAUUCUCAUCUGGUCACCCUGUGCAAAUUAUAUUGCCAUCCAAUUAGAUUGAAUUCAGUAUUGAUGACGCGAAAAAUAAUAACAGUAACUCCACUGAAAUUAUAAAAAAAAAAGUAACGAGCCAAUUUUUUAACAUUUAAGGAGUAGAAAGUGCCGAUAUUCGUGAUAAAAAUGUAAGUCGGCACAAAAAUGAAUAGUAAAGUAAAGUAAAAAUAUCUGAAAAAUCUACUUGAGUACAGUAAAGAAGUAUUUGUACUUUGUUACUUCCCAUCUCUGCUUUUCUUUUGACAUUAAAUGCCAUUUUUGCACAUUUAUGUACUUUGGUAUUGUCAUGUACGCCAUGUCUUUAUCAAUGAACACACUGUGAAAUAAAAUACACAUUAACCUAA